UUUUUUUGGUACUUUUGAUUUUUUUUUUCCUCUUUUUCUUUUCUCUUGUUUAUCCUGUUGAUAUCAUCUAUUAUUAUAAUCUAUUCGACAGAUAUUUCUAAAUUCCAUCAUUGUACAUGUCAUUUAGUCAUAAUAAACAUAAACAUCAUAUCACCACUAUGUCAUCAUAUGAUCAUCACUUCAAUAGUAAAGGAGAUGUACCUAUCAGCGCGGGUUAUAUCCCAUUUAAACACGAAAAGCCAACACCAUCAUCAUCACUAAUAUUUAGUACCAUUAUUUUACCUACAACUACACCUAUCAUACAUCCAUCUAUUCAUUUCUCAUCAUCUAUAUCUUCACCAUCACCAUCAUCAUCAAUAUUAUUACCCGUAUCAUCACCAUCAUCUACAGUUGAUAUACCUACAUCUUUCCCUGAAUCAUCAUCAUCAUCACCUGCAACAACCAAAGUUGUAGGAGGUAUUAUUGGCGGUGUGUUAUUGAUCAUUUUCUCCUUUUUAUUUUAUGCACUUUAUAAACGACAAAAAAAGAAGAGAAGACGAGCACUUGAUCCUAGUCGAUAUGGUAAAGAUGGUGGUUGGAACGUUACAUGUAGUUGGUCAACAUUGAGUUCCUCCACAGGAAGCACAGUGAUUGAAACUCCACCACCCACAUACUAUUAUUCCACUUCUUCGAUAAGUAAACAUAAACGAUGGACACAAGAUUCAUCUAUUAGCAAACAAGCCUCUAUUGUCAAACAAUAUAGCCCACAAUUAGCCUAUAGUCCUAGUGAUCAUUCUAUACUACACAUGGAAGGAGGAGGAGUAUCACCUAGUCAUACGUUAGUGGAUGGAUGGCAACAAAAGGACGAUAUGACGGAUGACCAACAACAACAACGACGAUCCAUUCAACCUUAUCAAGCUCAACUGGAUUUCUCUUCCCCUUUUUCUGAUGCAUUGGUAACCCCUGGUCCCUAUGAAAGUGGCAUGUUACUCCAUACAGAAGAAUUCAAUCAUCAUCAUCAUCAUCCUUCCUCUAACUCUUGAAAGUACCACAUCUUUUUUUUCAUCUUCCCUUCACCCUUGCCUCCUCAUCGUAUUCACUUCCUCCCUUUUUUUUUUUUCUCUCGCCGCCAUCACCAUCAUAGCAAC